AAGCAGACAACAAACACAACACCAAUCAUUUUCUCAGAGAGAUUUCUUUUGUCAACUGUCCUUAUCCAUUGUCGAAGCUUGAGGUCUCCUCUCCUAAACUCUUUAUGUCUCUCUCAAAGUUUCAAUUUUUAUUUGGUCUCCUUCUCUGCAACCCGAUAACAGUACUUUUCAUAGAAUCUGAAUAUCUCUAUUGAUAAUUUUCAUUAUAGCUUUGGACUGUUAACUUUUUCUUAUUUAUGCAUUCGAUUUUUGAUUUCUUCUUUAAGAGAAAUAACAAAACUUCGAUAUCAUACAGAAACUCCGAUAACAACGAUGAACGGUCGUGGCAAUAGGACUCCUUCAAGCACUCAAUACCAGCAGAAUCCUUUUUGCACCAACGGUGGCCAGAGCACAGGCAUGUCACUGUCUCACCAGACUUCUCCGUCAACCUUUUCUCAGGUCCCACCACUGAUCCGUUUUCCAGCCGGGUCACCAGACUUCAGCCCCGGACCACGGUGUACGACGCAGCCGUUCCCUACCUUCCCUGACUUCACUCAGACGAGUCCGUCGUUCCAUAAUCCAUUGGCGCCGGCGAUCUCUACUCCGUCGUCUAGCUUCUACUUUCCCCAGACGAGUCCUUCACCGUCGCCGGUGAGCUCUACUCCAUCGCCGUUCAGUCAUGACUCAUUUAUGCAUUCCAACCCCGAACCAUGGACGAUACCUCAACCAUCGCAUGUGUUCUCAUCCACGUCGUCAGGGAGCUCUACUCCACCUUCGUUCCGUCGUGAUUCCUUUCCCCGCUCCUACCCUGGAAAAGGGUCGAUGACUCACAGGCCUAUACUUUCAGUCCUGCCGCCGUCGCCUGUCUACUGCUCUAAUCCUAUGGUGAGCUCAUCUCCGACGUCAAUCGGUUGUAAGUCAAUCCCGUUGAUGCACCCUUCUCCAUCAGUACAUGUGGCGAACAGAGACUCUUCCAUUAGGUCUAACUCCGAUCAUCCUUCAUUGCCUCCUCGGGUUCCGGUCAAGAGGUCUAACUCCGCCAAAGUCUCCCGCAGCAACACUCUGCAUUCAAGAAAGUCUCAUAAACGGACCAACACUGAUAUCACUGGGAUCAGUUCGAUGGCCCCUCAGGGUUCUCCGGGAUCGAGCUACCUUGAGCUAUCAGAUAUGCUGGUUGGGGACUCAAGAUGUGGCGAGGAAGGCUUUGGAGAAUUGAUCUAUGAUGAAGAAGCCAUGAAGGAGUUCUGUUCUGAGUAUAUGAUUCUGCAUAACAAUAACAAUGGUGAUCAGAAUCAGAAUGUUGAUGUUUUGAUGAUAACCAAUACUGAUUCGGGAGGUCCAAGCAACGCGAAUGAGAGCGAGUUUAAAACUGGAUCGACUACUUCGGGUGUCAAGAGAAGAGCAGGGAAAGAGAUUGAACCUUCACGCCAACUCUAUAGGAGUGCUUCAGCGGAUACAUGUUAUAACAGUGACUUGAUAAAGCGUAGGAAUCUACAGGGUCAAGUUAGCAGUUCUGUUGGAAGAGGAGAUAAAGAGGCUGCAGAUGAUCCUAAGAAAUUUCAAAGAAGGUUGGCAAACCGAGCCGCAGCUGCACGUUUUAAGGAGAGGCAGAUGAUGCACAUUCUUGAUUUGGAACGCAGAGUAAAGAUUCUUGAGAAGACUAAUGCUUCACUGGUUGGAACGAUGACGCUUAUGGAGAAGGAAAACAUGAUGAUGAUGGGCGAGAACAAGGAAGGGAAGCUUCGAGUUCAAUUGCUGGAGCAAAAGGCACAUAUUCUUGAUGAAAUUGAAAGAUUAGAGAAGAAAGCAAAGGAACGAGAGGGCUUAGACUACUCUCAACUGAAGCUAAGUGAAGAGCUCAUCGCUGAAGUCAACCGACUUAAGGUGGCAGCUGGUGAGGGAAUGGCAAACCCCAGCCAGUUUGACAGUCCAAUGAUGCAGCCGUUGGAUCCAAACAUGUUCCAGCUGCAAGUCAACAUCAAUGAGGUCAAUGAGUUCAAUCAACAGCAGCCAAACCAAGAUUUCUCUGGACAUUAGAUCUAAAGAAGUUGAGAUAUUUCUUGCAAUAUACUAAAAAUUAUUUC